GUGCGGCGGCUGUCAGCGGGCCGGGCUGCCUCGGGCAUCUCUGUUUCCCUCCUCCUUUCGGUGGUUUGCCUGGGGCCGUGGAGGGAGGGACGGGGUAGGCUCUGUGCGGCACUGCUGCUUGUCGCCUCGCGUGGGGAAACGCCGGACGCGGGUCUUCCUCCCGAGCCGCCCGCUGCCCCGCGUUGCUGCCGGCAGCCCCGGCCCUGCGCCGCCGGUCCGUCACGGCGCUCAGCGCCGCUAACCGCCCGCCGCCGGCUCCGUCCCUGCUGACAGCCGCCCCGGCGAGCUGCGACCGCGUUCAGCUGGGCGCACGGGGCUUUGCGCUGAUGUGACUGAGGCUUUUUCUUCCGUGGAUGUGGUUUGCUGUGAGCUGUAAGGCCCGCUGUCGGUGUCUGGCAUAGUUUGGCUGUGAGCCGUAUCACGGCAACCGGGCGUCUCCUGGCACAUCGCGUGCCUGCCUUUGGAGCUGCCGGUCCGGGAUAGCUCUGCCGCUGCAUACGCGCUCUUGUGCCUCGUAGCUGAAAAGCACACAGCCUCACCGGCCGGCCCUGUGUUUGGUCCUUCACAGGGCUGCCCGGCACGCACAUGAAAGCUGGCUCGGUAGUCCGUUGCUACCGAAAGCACAGCACACGCUGCUACAUUACAGGAGUUCAAAUCUGCCGUCCUGCCCGGCUGCUUGGCCAGCCUGCUGUGCUCGCUGCUCCUCAUCAUUCCGGUUGCUACAGCAGCUUCAUUAGAUAAAUUGGCAUGAUGUGGACCAACAAGUCCAGUGAGGUGGCUAAGCGGAAUCCGAGGCAUAACCAAGCCAAGGAUUCGACCAGAGAUCCAAAUGCAGCAUGGGCUACUCUUUCUCAGACUAAGGCUGCUCUACGGCAUAUAGAGAACAAAUUGGAAAUAGCUCCCACCAGCACAGCUGUGUUUGAUUCUGUCAUGGAUGCUAAGAAGCCCUCUGCUAGUACAAGCAGAAAAAUAAGCAGGAAAGCUUCCCGGUCUUCCAGCCAAACUAAAUCAGGCAAGGAGAAGUCCUCACGUAGUCCUCUCAGAGCAACAACCCUUGAAAGCAAUGUGAAAAAAAGCAACCGGGUGGAAUUUCGUGAACCGUUGGCUUCAUACAGCAGGGAUACAUUGAGUUCUCUGCCACAUCACGGUUCUGGCCAAGUGGAAGCCAAGCAACUUCUGUCUUAUUUGGACUUCUGUGAAGCAGAGGGGAAGACAGAAGUAAUGGGCCGUGUGAUACAUGACAGAGAUGAACGGGAUCUCCACAGAAGGGAUUUUGAAAGUCCAUGUUCUUCUGCUGCAGAUGAGACUGUUGUUAGGUAUUUAAAUGAUGGACCAGCAAUUGACGCCUUGCAAAAUAACGAGGCAUUUCUUAAAGCUGCAACACCUCCAAGAUUGGAAGAGGAAAAAACUAGCAGCUCCAGAGGAGAUGAGGGUAACAUUAAAGCUCCUCUGAGUAACACAUCCCAGGACGGUGAUCUGAAAGUAUCUUUCCCUUCUGCCACAAGUACUAAUGCUCGUAGGCUGGAAAUCUUGAAACGGCGGCAGCAUGAUGCUAAGCUGGAAAAGCUGAAGGAGCGGAUUCGUAAGCAGUGGGAGCAUUCUGAAGAGCUGGGUGGCAGAGGGCAGCACUCAGGAUUUGCUGAACAGCCUGUAGUGAUCACAAAUGUGGAAAAUACCGUUACUCCCAAAGUCAGGAAAGUGACAGCUGCACCUGCUGCUCCAGCAUACAAAGGUUUUAAUCCUGCUGAAGCUAAGAUUUGUGCUCCAGAUGGAAAGAUCUGGCAUGAGCAAGGAUUUCACAUUGGUUGGGAGCUGUACACAGAUAUAGAAAUCCAGUUGACAGAGAAUUCAACAAUGAAAGAAAAACUUAGUGAGAGAAACAAAGAGAGAAAAGCAUCCAGACCAGUGCGGAAAGUUCAGAAACUGCCACAGUCAUCAAAUCCAGAUUCCAAACAAGGUGGAAACUAUGUAAUAAGUGCAUCCUCCUGGCGGGAGGGACAGAAGCUAGUCAAAAAGCUACUGGGUCCAGCUCCCAAAGUAGAACACGACAGAAGAGCUGUAUCUAGUGACAGAACGGGGCGAGAGCGAACUGCCAAGCCUGGUCGUAUUGGAAGGACGGGUUCAGACUCUAGACGGGUUGUCACACAGAAAGCCUCUUCAAGAAGUUCUGAGCGGUCGAGGAGUAAAGUACGAUCUGAGAAUAAUCUGAAGAAACUGGAAUCUGCUCUUCCAGGUGAUAACCAAGAUGAUCAUGCCUCUGUAAAUAAGGACUUCCUGCCCUUGGAGAUACGUGGAAUUCUUGAUGACUUGCAGUUGGAUUCCGUGCUUACAAAGCAGGAAAAAAAUGUGGAAAAGCAGAAUCCGAAGUCUGUUUUGCCUACUCAAAAUACCAGGAGCCACAGUCCGACCAAAAGGAAACCAGACAAGGUAGCUGCCAGUGAGGAGCCUCAAGUGAUCUCUAAGAAACGUCACUAUGAUACGGAUGAGGUUCGUCAGUACAUCAUCAGGCAGCAAGAGGAGAGGAAGAAGAAACAGAAUGAAGAGAAGAAAGCCCAAAAAGAGGCAACGGAGCAGAAGAACAAAAGACUCCAAGAACUCUAUAGAAAGCAAAAGGAGGCUUUUAAAAAAGUCAAGAGCGUGCCUCCACCUGAACCUCUGGCAGCUAAACAGUUACAAGAAACUUACUCUAAACUAUUGUUGGAACAUACAUUUUUAAAAGAGCCCUCUCAGCAGCCUGCAGUGCAGGAAACACAGCCCAGACCUGGUUAUCAGCCAUCUGGAGAAUCUGACAAAGAAAACAAGGCUCAAGAGCGUCCUCCUAGUGCAUCUUCAAGUAGUGACAUGUCACUGUCAGAACCGCAGCAGCCACUACUGAGAAGUGACUUUGUGGAACCUUCAUGGGUACAACCAGACCGGUUGAGCCCAAGAGUCCAGCUCUCUCAUCCACAAACUCUCAUGGACUUAAGUGGAGGCCCUUGCUCACAACCUCGCAGUCUGGAGCAGAUGGGACUUUUGUCAAAGGAGUGUGAUGCAGCGUUAGCAGGCAGGAAGAGCCACGCUGCACCCAUGGGUUUCCUGACCCUCAUCGCUAAGCCGUACAUGAAUUCAACUGCUGCACAGCAAAAUCUUUUAGGAAAACCCUCUACUAACCAAUAUAAGAGUAAAUUAGAUCGGAUUGAAGCUUUAAAAGCUACAGCUGCUUCCCUUUCUAGCAGAAUUGAAAAUGAAGCCAAGAGGUUGGCUGGGGCUGGUCUCAAUUAUGGUACCAUUUGGAAAUUGGACCAUGAAUUUGUGCAGGAAAACCAGGAUGACAGACGGUGGGCAAAGGCUGUGAGUCCUCCUGUGAGGGAGGAAAAUGAAGAUGCUUUUUCAGCCAGAAUUCAGAAGAUGCUGGGUACCUGUGUGUCUCAUACGGCCUUUGAAGACAACCUCCCUGGAGUAGGCAACCUUAGUGAAUUUAAAAAGCUUCCUGAGACAAUCAGGCCUCAUACUGCUACAGUCAGCCUUGGAAUGAGAUCCCCCACUGGACAUUUGUCUAAGAGACUGACUGACUCCCUGGGACGUGAAAGCCAGGCGUACGGUCAGAGCAAAGCUGUAAUUUCUCAAGAGUCCAGCAUUGACUCCAUCAGCGAAGGGCCUUUCCUGAGUGACGGAAGCCUCUCUGAAGAGGAGGGAGGCCAGCACAAACAGCUUCCACUGAAGAUUCUGGAGACAUUGAAAGAGAGGGAUUUCUGUGUUCGGGAGAGGAAUGCUUUUGAGCCCAUAAAAGAGUUUCAGAAAGAAGCUGAGAAGUAUCUGCCACUUCAAUCUCAGACAAGUGGUGCUCACAGCAAGGGGUCGUGGGAAGAGCUAGACAAGGGAAGCCCACACAGUGUCAUCAACAUCUUUGCAAAAAGUUACCACCUCCAUGGCAAGGUGUUUGAUGAAAGAUCAAAUGGAGGAUCUUCCCUUCUGCGCCCUUUACUCCCUGCCCUGAGCCCUCCAGAGAGCGUUGUUUCUUAUGAAGAUGACUUUGCCUACUCACCAGGAAGCAGCACUUUAACAGACAGAAAGAUUGCACGUGACCUCAGUGUUGCAAGCAGCAGUAAUUCAAGCAUUCAGGAAGAACUUCCUAGUGGAAAGUCUCCCCGUGAAUCUCGAUCUGUCGAACUUGCAUCUCAGCAUUCAUCUGGACCCAGAUCUGCAGCAUCUUCUCACUCAUCUACUUCAUCUAAAAAGAGAGGGAAAAAAGAACGGUUGGAGUCUUUCAACGGAAGUUCUCACCACAUUCCUGUGGGAGAAGAUAAAAUUCAGUCUGAAUUAGAGUGGGGAUCCCAACAAGCAAAGAAGUCCGUAUCAAGUAGCAGACUUUCUAAUAAAGACUAUGAGCAGAACACAGAUACUGACAACACAAUAGAAAAUUUGUCUGGACACUCCAUGUUGAGUUUCUCAGACAAGGGAAGAUCUCAGAAGACGCCAACUUCUUCCCCGUCUCCAGGCUCCCAAAAAAUUAUGCAGUUUGAUUCUGUAGUCAAUACAGCAGAGAGAGCCAAGUCACCUUCUGGCUUUUCUGGAAGCGCGGCAUCAGGGCAGAAGCCUAACCUAGCCUUCUCUGACUUGAGUCUGGGAGCUAGCAGACCUGCAGCAGGAGUAGCCUCGACGAGUGGAUCUAUGCGAUUCUCCCCUGCUGCUCUUCAGCAGCGUUUGUCAGCAGAAUUGAAUUACCUUACUGCCAUUGAAGAGACUGUGCGACAGCUUUCAGAUGUGGAACGAGUACGAGGCAUAUCACUGGCCCAGCAGGAGAGCGUUUCUUUGGCUCAGAUUCUAAAGGCACAACAGCAGCGUCAUGAACGGGACAUAACUCUUUUGAAAAUCAAGGCUGAACAGGAAGCUUUAAAAAAUAAGAGACAGCUGGAAGAGGCAAGGCAGAAGGCAGCUCAGGCCCAUGCAGAGACACUGCAUCAUCUGGUCCAGUCACGACAGGAGGCCGUAGAAGUGCUGCAGGAGGCCGUAGAAGUGCUGCAGGAGACCAGGUGCAAGGCUGCAGCCAAGCAGGUGGAAACUGCACUUCUCACUACAGAUGCUGGCCACCAGGUCCGCGAGAUGACUGAGCUGGCACGAACCCAGAUCUCAGACACUGUCAGUGCUCCAGCUGCUCCAGUCACCACUUUGUUUGACCACCAGCGGCAGCAUCACUCAGAGUUCAUGAAACAACUGAGAGCCCGAACUGAUACAAACAGGAAAUGUGAGACUGCUGCCAUGUCACAAAGUAAAGAGUCAGGUGACUCAAAACAGACUUACUCACCAGCGUUUGAUAGUUAUUCAGAGUCCUCGAGGUCAAAGGUUCAUGAUCGGAGUAGUACCAGCAGUCGUCAAGAGAGUCCUUCUGUUCCAUCUUCUAAAGAGAAUGAGAAAAAACUUCCCCGUCGUGAAAAGAUAACUAGCAGCAUUGAAGAGCAGGCUCAUACUGGUGCGGACGAUUCCUUGCCUAGUGAUAGUAUUUUGUCACUGCCAGAUGAAAAAGAUUCUGCUUCCAUUGCAACUGAGUAUUCCCUGAAAUUUGAUGAGUCUAUGACGGAGGAUGAGAUUGAAGAGAAGUCUUUUCGGUCUUUGCUGCCCUCUGAAAGUCAUCGUAGAAUUAACUUGGAGAAGAAGCGCGGUAAUCAUGAUGAUUCUGAUGAUGAAGUCUCCCCAGAAAAAACUGCUUUGUCAUCCAUCAAGGAGCUAAGCAUGCCUUUCUCAGGAGGGCAAGAUAGUUUCUCUAAAUUCACUAUGGAGAUGGUAAGACAGUACAUGAAGGAGGAGGAAGUGCGAGCAGCUCAUCAGUCCUCGCUACUUCGGCUCCGGGAGAAGGCUCUGAAAGAGAAGACAAAGGCUGAGUUAGCUUGGUUGGAACACCAAAAGAAGCAUUUGCGAGACAAGGGAGAGGAUGAUAAGAUGCCCCCUAUUCGAAAGAGGCAGCGUGGUCUUCUGCUGAGACUACAGCAGGAAAAGGCAGAAAUUAAGCGUCUUCAAGAGGCCAACAAGGCUGCUCGGAAGGAGAGACAGCUAAUCCUUAAACAGCAGGCAGAAAUAGAACGAAUCCGUCAGACUACAAUGAAACUGCAGGAAAAAUUGAAAUCUGCAGGAGAAAACAAGCUCGAACUUCACAGUGAGGAUGACAUCAAGCAGAGCAAUGGUUCUAGCCCACUUCCAACUGAUGCAGAAACACGCAGCCCUUCCCCAAUAUCGAUCUCCAGCAGUGAGACUAGUAGCAUCAUGCAGAAACUUAAAAAGAUGCGCAGCAGAAUGGAUGAGAAGUUCCUAACUAAACGAGAACAGAAGCUGAUGCAGCGUCGACAGCAUGCUGAAGAAUUGUUGGAGUGGAAGCGCCGCCUGGAUGCAGAGGAAGCAGAAAUACGGCAGAUAGAAAAGCAGGCUUUGGCUGCCUGGGACAAAGAGCUGCUUAAAACCAAAGCAGCCAAGAAAGAACUGGGGGAUCUGAGAGCUGAGCCCAAAGAAACAGCCAGUGAAGAAGAGUCUCCAGUGCCUUCUUGCUCUUGUCUGAACAGUGAAAGCUCAGUCCAAGAAGAGCUUGGCAGUCCAGCUGCAGAAUCUGUCCCAUCAGAGACUAUGGGCCACGGACAACCAGAAAGCCCAGAUCAGAGUACAGUUAAUGAAGAAAUUAUUUAUUCUGAAGACUUCAAGUCUUCUACCUCACCUGGCAAACUUACUCCUCCCAAAAGCAGCAUAUCUGUAUCAAGGCAAGAUUCCAGCAAAGGCAGCCAUAGAUCUGGGGGACAGCUCCGUUCUCCUGUGAAGUCUCAUCAGAUAUCUCACAAUUGGUCUGAUGAGUCUUUAUCUAUGACACAGUCAGAAACAACUUCUGAUCAAAGUGAUAUUGAAGGACGGAUCAGAGCCCUGAAGGAUGAACUACGGAAAAGGAAGUCUGUGGUUUACCAGCUGAAAAAGGAGCAGAAAAAGAGGCAAAAGGAAAGACUGAAAGCACAGGAGGCCAGUCUGAUCAAACAACUGGAGUCAUAUGAUGAGUUUAUCAAGAAGACUGAAGCAGAGCUGAGCCAAGAUCUGGAGGCAUCACCCACAGCCAAACCUCAGAUUAAAACUCCAUCCUCUGCUGCUGCUGAAAAGCCUAAGAUCAAGGCACCACCACUCCAUAGGCCAGAGACAGCUAAAAACUGGAAAUCACUGACAGAAUCAGAGAGAUCAAGAGCAUCUUUGGAAUCCAUUGCAGAGCACGGAGAUGCUGUAUCAUCAAAAACUGAGAAAUCUGUGUCUUUGCACGCUAAGGAGGCUGUGAUAGAUGUUCAUGCUGAAGAAUCUUCUGAAACAUCUUUGUCAGUUUCAAUGCCACCAAGUAGUUCCAGAGCAGGAUUUGUUGAUUCCUUAGAGAAUGCGUCCUCAUCAUCUCCUCUCAAAGACAUAAAAAACAUAAGCAGGAUAUCCCAUGGGUCAGUAAGCAGUGUGGAAAGUGUAUCCAAGGAGGAGGCUGUCCUCAGUCAUAAAUCUGAGAUCCUGGAAAACUUGGAAUACAUAAAAUCAGAGGAAAAUGAGAUUGAAGAUUCUCAUGUUAAGUCUGUGGAGCAUUCAGAUGUCUUGUUAACAUUAGAUAAAGAACAGGAGAGAUCACUGGACAUCCUUCUGGAGAAAAUCCUCCAUUCCAAAAAUGAACCUUCUCUAAAGGAACCUUUUUGUUUGACUGUGGAAAGUCUUCAUGGUGGGAAAGAAGUCUUAGACGAGAGACCGGCAGACAAAGAUGCUGUAACUGUCCCAAGCGUACAAGAAUCUUCUCACAAACUGAGCGUAUCAGCAGAAGAAAAAGAUCAUCUGCUUUCAGAACAUCUGUGUAGUCAAAAGGAGUCAUCAUACAUUGAAGACUUUGAAGGAUCCUCUUCCAGGAAACAGCCAUCAAUUGAAGAAGCACUUGCUGUGGAAGAAUACAAAGAUGAUUUUGAAGCAUCUCUUCUCUCACCUAAAGGGGACACUCAGUCACUGAAAGAGCAGUCCCUGCUCACGCAAACCAGCAGAAGCAGAUCCACCAGCCUUGGCAGUGAUGAUGAAAUCAGUGAAUGCCUCAGUGACAGAUCUCUCUCUCUCUCUGGCAGCGUGCAUUCAGAUAGGUUAUUAGAACUCAAGUCUCCAACAGAACUUACAAAAAAUACUGAGUGCAGAGGUGUGGAGAAAGAUGAAGCCACUGUUCAGUCACCACCAUGGCCCUCUGUUUUAGUGACAGAAGAAACUGAUAGUUUGCCAAACUUCAGCAUAGGUGAUAGGGUACUUGUAAGUAAAGUCCAGCCUGGAACAUUGCAAUUCAAAGGUGUGACUAAGUUUGCCAAAGGGUUUUGGGCUGGUGUGGAGUUGGAUAAACCUGAAGGGAAUAAUGAUGGAACUUAUGAUGGUAUUAAAUAUUUUGAUUGCAAAGAAAAACACGGUAUUUUUGCUCCUCCCCAAAAAAUCUCUCACAUUACAGAAAGUAUUGAUAGCCAUUUAGAUGCACAUGAGUACGAAGACUCAUCCUUUGAUGAUAGACUGGAGAAGAAAGAUAAAGAUGAGCAGAAAGACAAAGGAAUUUCCAAAACUAGCAAGGAAGAUGAAAGCCAGAGUAGAGAUUUAGCCGAGACCUCUUCUCAAGGUAAAGCUGCUGCAGACACAGCUGUUUCAGAAACCUCAGCUGGAAAAAACAUUGAUGAGGUCUCAUUUUCCAAAGCAAAUGGCAUAAGGAUUUCUGUAGCUGCUGAAUCCUUUGCCCAAGAGCAGUCUGUGGUGGCUUAUCUGAAGCAUGCUGUAACAGAGGAGACCAACCUUACUCCUCCCAUUUCUGAUGUCACGGAUAAGAUUUCCUGUGUUCAGUUGGAUGACAUCUCAGAUUUCUUUUCUGAAAAAUUGGAGAGACAGAAAACACUGGGGGAAGAAUGUUGUGAAAAGUUAAAUGAUCUUUCUCCUGGAGUUGUGGAGAAGCCUGCAACUCCGCUUCUGGAUUUGCUGACAAAAGAAAAGAACCAAUUAGAAGCUCAGCUUAAAGUACCAUCUAAAGAGGAAGAAAAAUCCAAAAACCAACUGGAAAAGGUCAGUUUGCUCACAGACAGUCUGCUUAAAGAUUUUGUGAAAGAUACAGUCAACCAGUUACAGCAAAUAAAGAAGAUCAGGAAUGAGAAAAUCCAGCUCAGCAACCAGGAGCUCCGUGAUGCAAAGGAGCAAUGCAGUACCCCAUUCCAGCAGGUAGAAGAGCAGAUUUCUGAUGGACUGGACAAUUUUUUUCUAAGUUCGGACUUGGAAGAUGACAGAGAAGAACUUUCUUCCCCAGACAUGUGCCCCAGACCAGAGAGCCCGGUGUUUGGUGCCAGUGGUCAGGAGGAGCUUGCCAAGAGGCUGGCGGAGCUGGAGCUCAAUCGCGAGUUCCUGAGUGUGCUGGGAGAUGAACAAGACUGGUUUGAUGAAGAUUAUGGCCUAAGUUCCCGGAAGGUCCAGCAGAAGCAAGCCGAGGAACCAGCAGUGCUGCCCAAGGUAGAAGCACAGAUAGUUCCACCAAAGCCAUGUGAGGAGCUUUUGGCGGUCCCUCAUACUGCAGCUGAGGUGGAAAGUUUGGUGCAUGCAGCAGCUGAAGAACUCUGGAAACUGAAAGAGCUGGGUCAUGAUCUUGAAAGUUUCAGCCUUCACACUGACUUUAGUAGUACCAUCAAAGAGCAGGACACGGACUCGAUAAACAAGCAGGUCUACAAAAAGGUGGUAUUUGAUUUAACAAGAGAGAUCUUUGGGGAAAUCUUUGCUGAGGAUCCUAAUCUAAAUCAACCCAUUUGGAUGAAACCAUGUCGGAUUGCGUCUGCUUACUUUCGCCGAGUGAAGGAUCCAAACGAUUUGGAUGAGAUCAAGAACUUCAUUGCAGCUGAAGUACUGAAGCUUUUCAGUCUAAAGAAAGAGCCUAAUAACAAAACAGACUGGCAGAAGAUGAUGAAAUUUGGGCGGAAGAAACGAGACAGAGUGGAUCAUAUAUUGGUGCAGGAACUCCACGAAGAGGAAGCCCAGUGGGUGAACUAUGAUGAGGAUGAACUGUGUGUAAAGAUGCAGUUGGCAGAUGGGAUCUUCGAGACCUUGAUCAGAGACACUGUUGAGGUACUGAACCAGAUAAAUGCAAAACAGCAGAGAUCGCUGCUUGUCUGAAGUGUCAAAAAUAAACCUCUAGCUGCAAGCACUGAG